UCCGUUCCUGCACAGAGCUUAACGUUCCCCUUCAGCCGGUUUAAGGCUAAGUGUCCUAAGGCAAGACAUACAUACACAGGACCAAAUCCCUCGGAUUUCAGGCACCCAUCGAUCUCCAGCCCCGUUGCCGUAAUCGGGGCGCUUAACGCUGGUCUUCAGAGUGCGCAUGUGCAGACGCUGCAUCGCUCUUUGAGCUGCGCUUUCCAAAGGCAGGAGGGCCCGCUGCACGUUCGGUUGGGCGCCCGAGGGAUGCCUUUCAUCUGUGGGUGAUCCGCUUCGCGCUUCCGCUCACCCGCUUCUGCCCGCUGCUGCUCUGCGCCUCUCGCCAGCAUCGCAGGAAAAUAUCCCGGGACGAUCCAGCGCAGAGAAGAAAAGGUGCAAAGAGAGGGAAGCGAUAGAAGUGCCACCGCCACCGCCGACUGGUCUUGUUUUGAAAGUUGCUCCGGCUGCCUCGUCCCCACAGCGCAGGCGCUGCCGCAGCGAGGCCGGGCCAAGCUUUGCCAGAGCCGCCAGCAGGAGGAGAGGAUCGAGGCUGCAGCUCUUUGCUCUCAUCCCACCCCUCACCUCCGAUGAACCUCGCAUCCAGCUAACCGCCCAAGCGACUGCAGCCGGAGGAAGAGAGGGAGAGCAAUCUAGCCGAAACAGCCGCUCGCUCCGACGACUGGGCCGUUCCAGACAGACGACCUUCCUGGGGCCGCCGCUUAACUAGCCGGGAUGGCCGUUCCGCUUAGCGACAGCGAAAAAAGGAAACAGAUCAGCGUGCGGGGCAUCGCCGGCCUGGGCGAUGUGGCGGAGAUUAGGAAGAGCUUCAAUCGGCAUCUCCACUUCACCCUGGUGAAAGACCGGAAUGUGGCCACCCCGCGGGAUUAUUUUUUCGCCUUGGCGCACACUGUGCGCGAUCAUUUGGUGGGACGGUGGAUCCGCACCCAGCAAUAUUAUUACGAGAAGGACCCCAAGCGUAUUUAUUACCUGUCUCUGGAAUUCUACAUGGGCCGAACGCUUCAGAACACAAUGGUGAACCUGGGUCUGCAGAAUGCCUGCGAUGAAGCUAUUUAUCAGCUUGGCCUUGACUUAGAAGAGUUGGAAGAGAUUGAGGAAGAUGCUGGCCUUGGCAAUGGAGGACUGGGGCGUCUGGCAGCUUGCUUUCUGGACUCUAUGGCAACACUGGGGCUUGCAGCCUAUGGCUAUGGGAUUCGCUAUGAAUUCGGCAUUUUUAAUCAAAAGAUUGUCAAUGGCUGGCAGGUGGAAGAAGCUGAUGAUUGGCUGCGCUAUGGCAAUCCUUGGGAAAAAGCCCGCCCGGAAUACAUGCUUCCUGUACAUUUCUAUGGUCGAGUAGUUCAUACUCCUAAUGAAGUUAAAUGGGUUGAUACUCAGGUUGUUCUUGCCAUGCCUUAUGAUACACCGGUUCCAGGAUACAAGAACAAUACAGUUAAUACUAUGAGACUGUGGUCAGCCAAGGCACCCAAUGAUUUCAACCUUGAAGAGUUUAAUGUUGGUGAUUAUAUCCAAGCUGUGUUGGAUAGAAACCUAGCAGAAAACAUAUCCAGAGUGUUGUAUCCCAAUGAUAAUUUUUUUGAAGGAAAGGAAUUGCGUCUGAAACAGGAGUACUUUGUGGUAGCUGCCACUCUCCAGGACAUCAUACGACGAUUCAAGUCUUCCAAAUUUGGAUGCCGUGACCCAGUGAGGACCUGUUUUGAAACCUUCCCCGACAAGGUUGCCAUUCAGCUAAAUGACACUCACCCUGCUCUCUCCAUUCCUGAGCUCAUAAGGAUCUUUGUUGAUGUUGAACAUAUGGAUUGGGAUAAGGCCUGGGAAAUCACAAAACGAACCUGUGCAUACACUAAUCAUACAGUGCUGCCUGAGGCCCUAGAGCGCUGGCCGGUGUCUAUGUUUGAGAAGCUCCUGCCAAGGCACCUGGAGAUCAUUUAUGCUAUCAACCAAAAACAUUUGGAUCAUGUGGCUUCCCUCUUUCCUGGAGAUGUUGACCGCCUCCGAAGGAUGUCUAUAAUUGAGGAAGGAGAUUGCAAGAGGAUCAAUAUGGCCCACCUGUGUGUCAUUGGUUCUCAUGCAGUCAAUGGAGUGGCUCAGAUUCACUCUGAGAUUGUGAAGAAUUCUGUAUUCAAAGAUUUCUACGAAAUAGAGCCAGAAAAAUUUCAAAACAAAACCAAUGGUAUCACUCCAAGGCGAUGGCUUCUGCUGUGUAACCCAGGACUCUCUGAAGUUAUUGUGGAGAGAAUUGGAGAAGAUUUCCUCACUGAUCUUAACCAGCUAAAGAAGCUGCUGGAUUUUGUCGAUGAUGAAGCCUUUAUUAGGGAUGUAGCUAAGGUUAAACAGGAGAAUAAACAGAAGUUCUCUGCAUACUUGGAAGAACAGUACAAAGUCAAAAUUAAUGCAUCCUCUAUGUUUGAUGUGCAUGUCAAGAGAAUUCAUGAAUACAAGAGGCAGCUCCUCAAUUGCCUACAUAUAAUCACUCUCUAUAACCGCAUCAGAAAAGACCCUAAAAAAUCAUAUGUGCCAAGAACAGUUAUGAUUGGAGGAAAGGCAGCUCCAGGUUACCACAUGGCAAAAAAGAUUAUCAGAUUGAUCACAGCCAUUGGAGAAAUUAUUAAUAAUGACCCCUACAUAGGAGAUAGACUCAAAGUCAUAUUCUUGGAGAACUACAGAGUGUCUCUUGCUGAAAAAGUGAUUCCUGCCGCAGAUCUAUCAGAACAGAUAUCUACAGCUGGAACCGAAGCUUCAGGGACAGGAAACAUGAAAUUCAUGCUGAAUGGAGCCCUCACCAUUGGGACCAUGGAUGGGGCCAAUGUAGAAAUGGCUGAAGAAGCUGGAGAGGAUAAUCUGUUCAUUUUUGGCAUGCGGGUAGAUGACGUUGAAGCAAUGGAUAAGAACGGGUACUCUGCUAAGGAAUACUAUGACAGGAUUCCAGAGCUCAAGCAAGUUAUUGAUCAAAUAAACAGUGGCUUCUUCUCACCAAAUGAUCCUAGUUGUUUCCAAGAUGUUGUCAACAUGUUGAUGUACCAUGACAGGUUUAAAGUAUUUGCUGAUUAUGAGGCCUACAUCAAAUGUCAAGGGCAAGUGGACCAACUAUACAUGAAUCCUAGGAAAUGGACUAAAAUGGUAAUUAAGAACAUUGCAUGCUCCGGCAAGUUUUCCAGUGACAGGACAAUUACUGAAUAUGCCAGAGAGAUCUGGGGAGUGGAACCUUCUGCUGUGAAAAUUCCUCCUCCAAACAUACCUAGAGAGUAAAUCUGCCAUUAGAAGGUGCAUGCAAUUACCCUGAUGGGCUUCCUGCUGCUGCUGCUAAGGUAUACCUGCUUCCCUGUGACUUUUCUGCAGAUGAAUUCAAUCAUGUAUUUUACCACACUUUGACUUGUUUCAUCUUUAUAAGCAUAUAGCGGAAAUGAGAGCAGCUGGUGCUUCAGAUAGUUAGAAAUAGUUGACCAAAACAUAUUGUAAUAAGAUUCAAGAUCUGAAACAGAAAAUUUAACACCCCACCCACCCCCACCCCCCAAAAAAGAUGUUAUAAUCUUGCCCUCUUUUAAAAAUCCAGUAUACCAAUGUUGUUUAUAUGUAUCCAUGCAUUAUAUGCUGAGGGGGCUCCUCAAGUCCCCAAACUUGUUAAUUCCUAUGGCAGUUCCCAAUUGGUCAGUCAGAAGUGCCUAUAAAGUCCAGAACUGAAUGGAAAACAUGAUUCCACAGGGAUAAUAAGUGUUGCCUUCUGGAAUGGAAGGUAGACUGGAACCCUUCUAUAACCAAGGAGAAUGCUUUUUCCACAUAACUCAUUUUGAAGUCACUUCUCUGUCUUAAUUGCAGUGGUGUCUGCAACAAAUUGAGGUUGCAUCAAAAUGAUACAUAUAUGGUAGCAUCAUGACAUAAAUGUUGCUCUUAGGUACUUGUAUUCUGAUGACUAACACAAAUGUCCAGUUGUGGGUUUAAGCAUUCUGACACACGUUUCAUUCCUUGUCCCUCUACCCCUCCCCUCCACACCUGUGCUCAUUAGGAGAAUCAUUGCUGAUCCCCAGGACAGUUCUUUUUAAUCCAAAAUCAUUUUAAGUGACCCGUUAUCAGAAAUGGAAAAAUCAGGAUGCUUUUUCCUAUAGGGCCAUGGAGUUCAAGGGUGGGGGGGUUAAAGGCACCAAAGAACUGUUUGCUUUCCUCUAAAAUGAGGAUUCUUGAAUGCCUUUUUGUGAUUCAUAAAGUUAGCAUCCAGUCUAGUGCCCUCAAGAUGCAUUGGGACUGCCCAGUCAGUCCAAAUUAAAUCAAAUUAUCGCCCAUAUUUUAUGAUCUGCUAGAUUCUGGAUAAUUUUCAGAGCAAGUGGCAGUAAAUUUAAAAAAUGAGACAUUUGCUUAGUCUCAUGGUAGAUUGCUAGGCCUUGUUUUAGGAACUAGACUUUCUUUAUCUGUGCAUGUUUCAAAUUGUGCAGUUAUAUGACUUAUUUAAAACAACCUUAGAUAAAGAACAGACACUGAAAUAUCUGUCACUUCUCAUAGUGAAACCACUACCAUCCAGACUUUUUCUUGAGUUAGUGUUGUCUCUAGAUGUCACAUUUUUAGUAUUUUAAAAGUAUAUUGGGAAAUCCCAUUUUAAUUUCAGGCAAUAGCAUCACAUUUUUGGGAUUUAUCAGGUGUUCUAGCCUGGGUUGCUAAAUAAAUAAAUUUUUUCUUUUUUGCAAAUGCUGAGGAAAUUGACUAUGUUUUAGAGCCCAAUAAAUCCUUAAAUGGCAACUUUAUUUGUAAAUGACCAGAAUGGAAAUGAAUGUAUGUCCUAUAAGCUUCCAGAACAAAAACAUUAAACAAACAUGCUGUUUUCCGUUUUUAGACUUCUUAGUAGAGGCAUUAUCAAUCUAAUACCAGGUCAAAGAAAUAAGGAUCUACAAAGUAUUCCUUCUCUAAGCUGAUGCCCUCCAAAUACUUUGUAGUAGCAACUCCUUACUGGCAGGAAGUUAUAUAGGAGCAGGAGGCCAGAGACAGCUGCCUAAUCUCUGCCUUUCCCUAUAUUAAUUUUUAGGAUUGCCCCAUUCGGAUGAGAAUACAACUUUAUCAAAUGUAGGAAACAGUGACCACAGUUUUCUGAAUAGACUGAAUAGCAAAUAGGCAAGCAAUAAUAGCACCCCUCACUUUACAGGGGAAAGACUUUGUCAAAAACAGGUGACAGUAUUGUCAGAGCUGAUACUGUGAUUAACCGUUAAGUUAGGACACAGAGCUGAUGCAGAUAAGAGAUCCUUUCUGCUAUCCAGGACUAGUCAAUACCCAUAUCAAUCUAUUUGAAUGGCAUGAAACAAUAAUUUCAUAAAUUUCAAAAGCCAUAAAGUAACAAAAUUUCAAUGCUUGCAUUAUUCCAGAAAACAAAUUGUAAAAACAAAACUGAUAUUCAUUUUAUAUCAAUCUGCUGUAUUUUGCUCUAACCAAAGUGGAUGAAAUUGAAGUAAAAUAUGUGGUUUUCUAUUUUAUGUAGGCCAUAAUUCACUAAAUAACUACUAAAAGUUCUGUUCUUCCAAGUUUAUGCAACAUUUAAGAAUAUUAUAGAAUAUAUCUAAAUGUUUACAGGUUUUUUUUAUUUGCUGUUUGUGGUAUAGCUGUACCUAUACAAUUGUAAUUUCCAGGCCCAUACAAACUACAAAACUAUGAAUUUGCUUAAAUCUUUGGUUCUUGCACAUUUUUCUCAUGCUGACAAACAAAAGUUCAAAUCACUUGUCUUAUAGAACAGAUACAGAUAGUAAUAUUUAUAUAGCCUUUUAGAUUCUUCCUUUAUCAUUUAGGAGCUAAUAUAUGACUUUUAUAGCAUUGAAAAUACAGAAUUAAGCAGGGACUACUUUAAGAGAUGAGAUUCCCUCACCAGUUUACUAAAAUAAAACUACAUCAGUAUCGCAUAUUCAUCGUAAUAUUCUUUAGCUAGCCUGGUCCUAAUCCAACCAAUGUUACUCUUUAAUAAGCAAAGUGAUGUAUAUGUCCUACUAAAGAUGAAAGGAAUGCAGUUAACUGUAAUUGGAUUGAGCAAUUUCUUGGCCAGUCACAGAAAUUAGGAAUCAGUAAAUUCAGGGGAAAGCUUUAAAAUUCUGACAAUUAAGUUAGCCUUUAACAAGUUGAAGGUUUGAAUCAACAAUUUCACUUCUCACUAAACACUUAAGUAUGUUUAUAUAAGCUCAAAAAGUAUCCUUUACUUGCUGGCUGAUAGCUUCCAUCAAAAAUGGUGUCACCUUGUUUUAAAAAGUAUAAUUGUGCAGUUAGUAGGUUCACAACUAAGAAGUAGUUGAAUAUGAAAGCUGUGUUGAAAAAGCAUUGAGAAAUUCAUUAUAUGUUGUCAUCAGGCUGAACAUGAAAGCUGUCCUUAAGUGCAUUUAAGACAAGGGCUAAUCUCUGCACAAAACAUUGUACCUAUUAUAAUUAUUCAGUUGUUGCUCUUAGUAAAUAACCAUACUAGUUGCCUUCCAUUGCAUUGUCAAUUUAUUCCCAUAUUGAAGAAAAUAGAUUGACCAUUCCUGGUUUAAAGCUCAUAGAUUCUGGAUAUUGGCUGGCUACAAAUCCUUUUACUAUGUUUUUGUCAAAGGCAGAAUAUAUAUAAUGGAGGAAUUCCAGGGAACACAAUAUUGUGUUAAAGGAAUGCUGCUAAAGUGUUUCUUCGAUAUGAAUUGUUUUUAAGCUGAUGACUGCUUGGUGUUCCCAUGAUUCAUUUUAAUGCCAUGAAAUGCUUCAAAUAUGGAAAGUUGAUUCACUCUUUCCAGCACAUACAGAACAUUUCCCCCUAAAUAGUGAGGACUGUGUUGUUAUUAUUUAAACCUAAGUAAAGUAUCACAGGUUUCUGCUGAGGAAGUCUUAUCAUGUCUUGAAAUUUGUGCAUAAAAUAUUGCAUGUUCGCAAGCAUUCCCAUCUCACAUAUAUUUUUCAUUACAACAAGAAUGUGUUGUCUUAUUCCUGGUUAUUUUUCUUCAUGAUCUGUAAAACUAUCGUAACACUUACUUCAGAGAGGAUAUCUCUUCAAGCAACAACUCUCCAGGAAGGAGGCUGAAGCAAGCAAAUUAGCAAAUUUACUGUGCUUGCUAAAUAAAUGUAUUUGUCACAAUCAUGUCAUUUGCAAAACUAAUUUUUGAGUUUGUUUUGAUGUCUGUGGUGUGCUUAUGAUAUAGUACUGUUAUUCUCCCGUGUUUUCGAAACAUUAAACUUCCAUGAACACUGCA